AUGCCCUCAAACCACGCAGCUUGGCAACUAAAAUGCCAUACCCCCCUCGAAAUCAAAAGGACCCCUUACCAAGAAGCCCUCACCCCGACCCAACUGCUAAUAAAAGUACACGCAUGGGCCAUAAACCCGGCAGAUCAUAUCCUCCAAGACACCGAAAUGGCCUUCGUCAGCUACCCCGUCAUCCUAGGCGAAGAUAUCGCCGGCACGAUUGUAGCACAAGGCAACGCAACCAGAUUCGCAGUGAACGACCGCGUCAUUGGACUUGCGCAGGGUGCAACAAAGGGUCCAUUUAUGGGCGGGUUCCAAGAAUACGUCGUCGUGGAAUCGGACUUUGUGUGCCGGAUCCCGGAUUCAAUGUUGUUUGAGCAGGGUGUUGUUCUGCCUUUGGGGUUCUCAACUGCUGCUUAUGCACUUGUGAGCGAGGAGUAUUUUGGAUUGGGGGUCCCUGUUUAUGGGAGGUUACCUGCUGCUGGAAAUAUAAAUCAGGAUAAGGGGAGCGGAAAGAAAUCUGUGCUGAUUUGGGGUGGGAGUUCUUCGGUUGGAAGUAAUGCUAUCCAAUUAGCUGUUGCGAUUGGACUUGGAGUUCUUACUACCGCAUCGCCGAGGAAUUUUGAAGGCUUGAAGAAGCUUGGGGCGGAUAUGGUCUUCGACUACACUGCUCCGGACGUUGUGUCCCAUAUUGUCCAUGAGUUGGAUGCACGCUCGAACUGUAUGGGUAUAUUCCAAGCAGCUGGAUUUGCGGCAUCUUUAGGUCCUGUUCUGGACAUUGCGAGCCUGGUCAAGUCUGAUGUUUUUGUUGUGACCACUAUGCCAUUGCAAGAGAAUAUGGUCCCGGACGGUGUGCGUGCGAAGAUGCUUUUUGGGGGAAACCAGGAGGUUAUCCUGGAGUUGUGGCGGGAGUUCUUACCUAGGGCGUUAGAGGAUGGAGGAUAUCAUGCUUUGCCGGAUCCGCUGAUUAUGGGUACGAGGGGUUUGAAGGGUAUUCAGGAGGGCUAUGAUGUGUUGAAGAAGGGAGUUUCUGCAAAGAAGGUUGUUGUUCUUGCGGAAUAG